CAAACCCUUAAGCGGUGCCAGAUCAUUGACUUGUGCGGUCAUGACAUAUUUGUUUCAUAUUGGGAUGUUUUUCAGGCUGAUGAUGAAAUGAUGAAACCGUCAUCUGCUGAGUGCUCAAUGUGCAAAUCCAUUAUGAAGAGGGUAAAAAAGACAAUCUCGUCCAACGCAACGCCGGAUGAAAUCAAAACCAAGCUGAACAACGCCUGUGAGAAAAUCAGGUUGCUGAAAGUUCAGUGCAAGCACUUUGUUCAGAAGUAUCUGCACUAUCUGAUUGAUGAGCUGAUGACCGAUGAUGGGCCAAAAACCAUCUGUACUAAAAUUCAUAUCUGCAAGCCCGAAUCACCCAUAAAGGAGAUCAUUUUUGUACAUGAUCAAGCUAAUGACAAUUUCUGA